AGUCGUGUAGUGUCGUUGGUACAGUCGGUAGAGCAAGUAGUAGUGGCAGUGGGCCGCGACCGGCGCGGUACUCGGUGUUUGCGAUGGUGUUGCGUUAGCGCGAGUCGUCGCCAGUGUCGUGGUACCAGUCGUAGGGUCGGAGUGUCGCUAUCGUUCGCCGGUCACCAGUGCUGCGCGAUCAGCUCCGCCGCGUGGUACAGGCGCGGACACAUUACGCUAAACUUUUUAAAAUCUCGGAGAUUGAACAAACAUGCCAGUUUAUUUGCAGUGACGUUGUGUAAAACUUAUAUAUAUAAUGAACAUAUACUAGACUAGUGGAAAAUUGCGAUAGCUGUUUUGUUUAUACGGUAGGUUGAGUGCAAUGACAAAGACAGUGAUAAGUAAAGUAUCAGACUACAAUGGUAUAGAUUCCAAAUAUAAAAUAAACAAUUGAAAUCGAAUUAAUACAAGUGCUAAUAACCAAUAGACUAAAAUGGAACUAAAAAGGUGAUAUUUACAGAGAAGAAGUGGCUUAAUGCCACUAUGGAUGCGAAUAUACAUUUAGUGCAGUGAAAGUAAUGUGGUCGAGGCGAUGAAGAUGGAGGGCGGUGUACUAAGUGUUUCAAGUAACAACAACAGAUUUCGAUCUCAUCUGAAAAAUGCAGCCAGUGCGUUGUGUGCCAGGACUUUGCCGAAACAGAGGCGUGCCGAGCCCGCCGCCGUCACCAGCGCUCGCCACCACACCUACCCGCGAGCGACGCCGCCUAAACGGGCAGCCAUCUCCUGUCGGAUGGAGCCGCUUGCAUGCGCACCACCUAUGCAUGCUACAACGUUUGAUCCGCCCCAACCCAUUCAAUGUGAAUUCAUUGAGGACCAGACAACGAAUACUCCUAACGGAAUAAUCAAAUGGAAGGGGACACUAGCCAGGGAGGUAGCGAGUGCAUGGGAGUGCCGUGUGGGCCCGCCCGACCAGCCGGCCUCCGCGGACCGCGUGCAGAGCCUAUUCAACGACAUCGAAUUAUACCCUACUAAGACCCAGGUAUUCGAAAUGCUGGUCUGCGCGCGACAGUGUGCCCGCCGCAAGUCGCUCACUCUCACAUUCGGAGAAUUCUGCGUGUUCGCAGCUGAACUGCGUCGGUGUUCGAGGCAAGCGAGGCAGAGUUCGAACAAACCUGAGUCGCCACAAUGGAACAUAGACAAGGAGCUCAGAGAUAAAGACAUCAUUUGUAAACAUGUAAACGGCAGCGAGGCGCCCCCUCCGCCGUGCGAGGUGUUCCUGGGCGGAUCCUGCAACCCGACUACUUGGAGAUCGGAUAUCGCCAUUCCGAUGCUGAAGAAGAUGGGCAUUACAUAUUUCAAUCCGCAAGUUGAUGAUUGGUCGACGGAGUUGGUGGAAGUGGAGCACCGCGCGAAGGCGGCGGCGCGAGCUCUGUUGUUCGUGCUGGACAGCGAGACUCGGGCCGUGGCCGCCAGCGUCGAGGCCGCGCACCUCGCCGCCGCGCCGCGCGACCUGCUCCUCGUACUGCGCCCCUACACGCGACACCAGACCAUCGGACACGAAGCCAUCUCAGACCACGAGUACGUGGAGCUGUCGCGCGCGCGAGCGACGUUGCAGGAGGCGGUAGAGCGGCGCGGGCUGCCCGCCUUCACCGACAUCCCCGCCGCGCUACGCUGUGCCCGCGCCGUGCUGCGCGGCGCGCGCACUCAUCCGCGGCACUCGCUCGGACACACCAUCCUGCGACUCAAACGCGCGUACGACGCAGCUGGCGGAAGAAAUUCUCGUUUGCCACGCGCUAAGGCCAUCGAUGCGCUAAAAGAAGCGACCAGGGCUUCAAAAGAACUCGCCGAACGUUGCUUACCUCCGUCCGCUGACACCAUCGACUUCGAGACCUUCUGCGCAGCUGUCGCCGAACUCGCCGCCGACGCAGAAUACCAAAGUCGUAACAAUGGCCAGGAGAGUGAGGCGACGAGCGACGAGCUCCGCAGUGAGCCGCGAGUACACGAACCUGCGGCGAGGGAUGCCACCAGCAAUGGACUGCGGCUUGUAAAUCCCCGGCUAAAGGCCUACGGGCGAAAGCUCGGCUUAUUCAUUCCUAAGAACGGCGGUCACCGUCCAGCGGAGAGCAGUGGGUGCGUGGCGGCGGGCGGCGCGGCGGACAGCGACGCCGUGUUCACGCCGGGCACUGAGCGCCGCCUGCAGCGCCUGCCCGCCAUGCUCGGCGCGCCCACGCACGACGUCUACCUCGGCGGCACCUUCCCGAUGCACAGCAGUCGUCCAGAGGACGUGUUACGACGCGAGGGCUUCACGUACGUAGUGCCUCGCGCGUGCGACUACACGCGCAUGUUCUCGACGCCGGCGCGUCGCGCGGCGCCUGCGCACCCCGAGUCCCCGCGCCGCGACAAGAAGCCGCGCCCCGCCACGCUCGACCUGCCCGACGACGUGCAGCUCCGCGACCGCUCCGCCGACACGCCCGACAGACACGACCGCCACGACCGACUCAGCGCUUCCGACUUCUACACCGUCUCGGAAGACAUCACGCCCCAGCCCUUCAAAGGGACAUACGAUGAAGAUCUAUUACUGGGGUCACGCGUGUUAGUGUUUGCGAUGAGUGCGGAUGCGCCGUGUUUUGCGGCGAUGGUCCUGGCAGCCCAUUACAUGGGCUUGCGACCAGCCAACACAGUACUGCUGGUGCAACCUAUGGAUCCACAGAAAGCUCAUAAUUAUAGUGAAGUAGCCGUGAAGGAUUACAAUCGGGGCCGGCACUACCUCUCGGACCUGGCGAAGCGGUCCGGUGUUCCAGUAUUCGACAAUGUGGACGCGGCCAUGGCAUGCGUCAUCAGUCGACUUCGGGCGACGCUAUAGCAUCACUCAGUGCUCGUCCUCGGGACCCACAUACCUUAAUUAUAUUCAUAUAUGAAAGAUAACUAUGUUAUCUUCUCGAGUAUCGAUUUUUAUCGGUAUAUCGAAAUAAUUUAAUACAGGCCAGUGAUAGCUGUCUGUUGUUUACUAAAAUCCGCCGCUUCGAAUUUAUAAUAAUAGAGUAAUAAGCACAACGCUAGUUGAAGCGAAUCUCAUCUCAAGAAUUGGCACCUUAGUUGUGAUCACGAUUAGUAUCGUGUGCAUCUCAUGGCGAUGUUUGAGGAAGCGGCAAAUCACAACUCACGAAAUAAAGACAUCACAAAUGUAAUUCAUCAUAAAUCAUAGGGUAAUAUUAAUUUUACUUGAGUGGCGAAGAGUCUCAUAUGAGUGUACUUAUUAAUUUCAAGACGUUUAGUUUAGUACAAAGAAUGUCUCUCUUUUACUUCAUUACUCUCUAUUGCAUUAUCUAAUGUAAUAAAUAGAUAUUAAAAUAAAUGUUAUGGAUGUAUGCGCGAGAAUGGAUGGUGAAGGUAAUAAGGUAAUCUUGAUGAGGAUAUAACAAAUCUCUGUGAUGAAUUUGUCUAGGAAAUUUUAUAGUGAACUAUCAAUGCAUAAGCAUAUAAUUAGAUGAUAACUAUACAUACAUAUUAGUAUUGCUGCAAACAGGUACAGGUAACAGUCUCAUGUUAAUGUUAUGGAACAAUAUUGUCACAUAAAGAUGUACAAUUAUCAAGUUUGAUCAAUCUGAAGACCUUGUUUGAAUCGAAGUGUCCUUAAAAUAGUUUGCUCUCUCCAAUUAUGACUCGUGACUUUCUUAGUGUAUGGUUUAGAAAGAGAAUGAUAGACAUAUGAGAGUUAGUAAAGAUUCUUGGGUCAAAUGAUUCGACUUGUGCGUACAUGUGACAUAUUGUUGGCCUUGAGCAAUAAAUGAAUAUACACGGUGUUAUGUUGAUCUUGUUUUACUGGGACUGACGUUGGUGUUGACUAUUGAUUCAGCCAAGUAGUCCCGGGAACUGCACAGUGGGUCUACUAGCCAAAUCCUAAAUUUUGUUUAGAAUUAAAUUUUAUUGCAUGGACGAAUGCUUAUGUAGACGACAGCACUUUAAGAAAAUUUCAUUGAGGAAAAGUACAAAUAUCUUGCUCACGUAGCAAUUUUAAGGGAUUUUAGUAGUUAUUAUUUGAAUUAUGGCAAUGCAAAGUUAAAAUUUAUAAUAAUUAACAUCUUAUACUCAUUUUUAAUUAUAAUAAAUUGUACCUUUUCUAAAAAUAUGUAAUGUGAAUCGGAGUUAAUGCUUGCAAGUGGAUAAAUAUAAAAUUAGGUGAUUGAAGCCACAAUUCCAUACCUAAUUUAGGUAUAACUAUAAUAUUGAGUAGCUUAGUGGUAAACAUAUUUGACCCACUGUCACUAAAAUCUAAUUCGUAAUUAUAAAAAUCAGCAAAUGUUAUUUGCUAGUCACACACGCCCAUUA